AUGGUCAAAUUAGCAAUUUUAGGUUGCGGCAAUAUAGGAUUCUUUUUGGCCGCAAAAAUCCUUCAUCAUUAUUAUUUACUUUCAAAUAAAAAAACAAGUGUGAAUGAAAAGGUUGAAUUAUUAUUAGUUGGUAGACAAAGGUUACUUGAUGACUUAAAUGCAUCGGGAAGAAUAUUGUUAACGACUAUAGAUGGAACAAAAACUGUGAUUCCAAGAGAUCAUGUCAACUACGUUACAGAUGCAAAAAAGUUAAUUGAAUUUCAGCCAGAUUAUGUGCUUGUAACGUUGAAAGUAACACAGACUAUUGAGGCUAUGAAAGAAAUCGCAGAAUUAGAUGGCAAAAUUAAAAUUGUAUCAAUUCAAAAUGGUGCUCGAAAUUAUGACUUGAUCAAAAAAAAAUUUCCAAAGUCCCAAGUAAUAAAUGGAAUGAUAGUUCAAAAUGUAAAUUAUUCCCCUCAUU